UACACAUUACUCUCUCUCACCUCUCGUUCUUCCCUUUUUCGUUAUUUUUUCUUUCUCCUUUCCGUUUCAGUUAUGCUUGCGUGAUUCAUCUAUCUUUCUCUCUUCAAAUCUUUCACCGUAAUUAGAAAAAGAAGCUUCCAGAACUUCAACAUUCUAACCGUUUCUUCUUCACUUCCUAUUUCCAUUUCAUCAACUUCUUAGGUAGCGCAAUUGAAUUGCGAGGUUUUAUUGACUUGUGAUGAUUGGAAUCGCGUUUGAAGUUUGAAGUGAAGAAUGGCGAGUCGGUUGAGAGAAGAUGAGAAAAACGAGCGCGCGAUUCGAGCUCUUCUCAAGCUUCAACCUAAUCGAAGAUGCAUUAACUGCAACAGUAUGGGACCACAAUAUGUGUGCACAAAUUUCUGGACGUUUGUUUGCACUAAUUGUAGUGGAAUACACCGUGAAUUUACACAUCGUGUGAAAUCAGUUUCAAUGGCUAAAUUUACUUCGCAAGAAGUUACUGCACUUCAAGAAGGAGGAAAUCAACUUGCAAGGGACAUUUAUUUUAAAGAAUGGGAUGCACAGCACCAUUCUUUCCCUGACAGCAGUAAUGUUAACAGGCUCCGCGACUUUAUUAAGCAUGUUUAUGUGGAUAGGAGAUUCACCGGAGAUAGGAACUCUGAUAAACCACCAAGAGUAAAGGCCGGUGACAAAGAUGAGUCCUAUGAAAACAGGAAAGUUGAGGCGUAUCAGGGAGGAUCUAGAAGCCCUCCAUAUAGUGACAGGUCUAGUCCUGGUGGAAGAAGUCCUGGAUAUGAUCAAGAAAGUAGGCAAUAUGGUGAUAAUAAGAGAAGUCCUGGCCGUCCUCCAAUUGUCAAUGAUUGGCGUCGUGAAGAUCGUAGAAUAUCAGAUGGAGAUCGUAAGGUGGAAAGCCAAUCUCCUGAGCGAGCUAGAGAUCUAGGUUCUUCAAGCCCACCUGUGGUACGGCCCGUUAGAGAUAUUUUGGGAGAAAAUGUAGUACCUCUUCGGAUAAGUGGACCCCCCAACCCAAACAGUGGAAAGGCUGCUGACGCCUCAGCACUGACACAGAGAACUGCAUCCUCUGGUAGCUUGGUAUCCAGCAACGAAAGCCCAGUAGAUAUUAAGCUUGAGACUACUACGAGCCUUAUUGAUUUUGAUGCUGAUCCUGAACCUAUAGCUCCAGCGAUUCCUCAAGCCCAACAAACUACUGUGCCACAACCUGUUUUGCAGUCAGGAAAUUCCGCUGAUGACAAUUGGGCCUCUUUUGAUGUUGUUUCUGAGGCGAAAAGAACUCCAAACACCUCAAAUUUAAAUCCACUUGAAUCAGUAUUGUCCCAAUUGUCUGUGCCAGCAUCCUUACCUGCUCAUGCUUCAGGAGUCCAAGGACCUAUUCCAGAAGCAGCUCCUAGUUCUGCUUAUGGUGGUGCAAGUGCUGGCAGUUUUGCAGCUUUCCCACAAAGUGGUGCUUCAGUGCCAUAUCCUGGGCCGGCAACUGUAUCACCUCUUAAAAAUGCAGGGCAGUGGGCCAGUUUGCAGCAUCAGCAACUAAUGUUCCCUGCUGCAUCUAGUCAGUCUGCCGGUCAACAAUUUCCACAGUCAGUUGGUGGUGCUGUAAAUAGUCAGCCAUGGCACGUACCUUUUGUAUCCACAGGACAGGGGCAUCCGAGUACACCAAUGCCACAUGCAUACCAUCAUGCUUCAAAGCCUGCCAAUGAGGCUAUAAACAGUGCUGUUUCUCAACCGUCUGCUGUAGAAGUAAAACCAAGUGGAAGAUCAGAACUUCCUGAAGAUCUGUUUACUGUAAAACACUCGGCCUUCCCUGCUCCAGUUCUAGGUUGGCAAAUGGGUCUUCCUCAGGGCAUGGGCAUCUCAAUGCAAUAUAAUAAUAUGGUGCCGGUGCCAAGUUUUUCGCAGCCAUCAAGGUCGACAAAUCCAUUUGAUGUCAGCAGCAAACCAACCCCAGAUCAAACCCCAAGUAUGCAGUUUCCUUCCAUGUCAUCCUUUCAAGGUGCCUUGCCUAGUGUACCACCAUCAGUUGCACUACACCCUUCAAGCCUGGGAAAUCCGUCGCAUGCAUGGACUCCACCCUUGCGCAAUCCAUCCUAUGCCUGGACUCCAGCUCCAUCGUCAUCAUAUGCAUCAGCCCUACCUCCACAAGCACAAACUCAUGCAUCAGCUCUGGGACCAGGGUCUUAUAUGGGGCAACAAAUGGCAACUAACAUACCAAUGCCAAGGCAAGAAGUUGGGAAUUUUGGAACGGAGGGAUCCGUUUUCGGCUUGUCAAAUCCAGAACAGCAGCUGACUGAUAGGCCGUCAACCACUCCCACCUCUAACUCAUUCCCUAGAGGAGGGAACCCAUUUGGAUAAUGUAAAGAAUUGUUCACUUAGACUUGUAAAUUCAAACAUCAACUCAUUGCACCCUGUACAAAUAUGUGUAAGUUUCGGUUUCUGUUUGUGGAUUGAAGUUGCACAUGCAUAUGAAGGAUUUGUGAUGACCGGCUUUAGGUUGAAGUGAUAUAUUUUGGCCGUGUAAAUUGUUUAUUGAUAUAGGAUAGGCCGAGAGGGGGGAGACUAUCUACUUUCUUGGAAGAGGGGCGUUAGAGGACUGAGAUAAAGACCUAAUGAAUGAAGGCGUUGCAGAAAACCUUUCGAUCCUUUUUUUCUUUUUAAGUUUUUGGGUGCGCCCAUGUCUUCAUUUGUAAUUGUAGAUUGCAUAAUGAGGGGCGUUAGAGGACUGAGAUAAAGACCUAAUGAAUGAAGGCGUUGCAGAAAACCUUUCGAUCCUUUUUUUCUUUUUAAGUUUUUGGGUGCGCCCAUGUCUUCAUUUGUAAUUGUAGAUUGCAUAAUGAGGGGCGUUAGAGGACUGAGAUAAAGACCUAAUGAAUGAAGGCGUUGCAGAAAACCUUUCGAUCCUUUUUUUCUUUUUAAGUUUUUGGGUGCGCCCAUGUCUUCAUUUGUAAUUGUAGAUUGCAUAAUGAGGGGCGUUAGAGGACUGAGAUAAAGACCUAAUGAAUGAAGGCGUUGCAGAAAACCUUUCGAUCCUUUUUUUCUUUUUAAGUUUUUGGGUGCGCCCAUGUCUUCAUUUGUAAUUGUAGAUUGCAUAAUGAGGGGCGUUAGAGGACUGAGAUAAAGACCUAAUGAAUGAAGGCGUUGCAGAAAACCUUUCGAUCCUUUUUUUCUUUUUAAGUUUUUGGGUGCGCCCAUGUCUUCAUUUGUAAUUGUAGAUUGCAUAAUGAGGGGCGUUAGAGGACUGAGAUAAAGACCUAAUGAAUGAAGGCGUUGCAGAAAACCUUUCGAUCCUUUUUUUCUUUUUAAGUUUUUGGGUGCGCCCAUGUCUUCAUUUGUAAUUGUAGAUUGCAUAAUGAGGGGCGUUAGAGGACUGAGAUAAAGACCUAAUGAAUGAAGGCGUUGCAGAAAACCUUUCGAUCCUUUUUUUCUUUUUAAGUUUUUGGGUGCGCCCAUGUCUUCAUUUGUAAUUGUAGAUUGCAUAAUGAGGGGCGUUAGAGGACUGAGAUAAAGACCUAAUGAAUGAAGGCGUUGCAGAAAACCUUUCGAUCCUUUUUUUCUUUUUAAGUUUUUGGGUGCGCCCAUGUCUUCAUUUGUAAUUGUAGAUUGCAUAAUGAGGGGCGUUAGAGGACUGAGAUAAAGACCUAAUGAAUGAAGGCGUUGCAGAAAACCUUUCGAUCCUUUUUUUCUUUUUAAGUUUUUGGGUGCGCCCAUGUCUUCAUUUGUAAUUGUAGAUUGCAUAAUGAGGGGCGUUAGAGGACUGAGAUAAAGACCUAAUGAAUGAAGGCGUUGCAGAAAACCUUUCGAUCCUUUUUUUCUUUUUAAGUUUUUGGGUGCGCCCAUGUCUUCAUUUGUAAUUGUAGAUUGCAUAAUGGUGUCUGCAUAUUUGGUACCCUUUAGCUGUGCUCUUUUUUGAUUUUACAAUAUUGUAAGAUUUUGUAAUCUCGCAAUUUUAGCAAGGUCUUUUUUAUGUGGAAAGUGCAUGUUAUCAACUUAUUACA